UUAUUCACAAAUUUCAAAAAUUGACUUAAAAAGAAUGCAAAUAUCUGAAUAGUCUAAUAACGUAUAGGGUAUGCCCCAAAACAUCAGAGAAGCACGAAGCCAAAUCAAUAUCAUAGGUAGUUCUACCAUAUGUUCCAGAAACAAUGACCAAAGGAUAGCAUAACCCUGAUAAGAAACAGAGCUAGACCAUUACCAUUCCAAAUACAGCAGUGCAUUAAAAGAAAAAUAUAUCAAUCUUGCUUGAGUGAGGUUUAUAAAAUUCACCAGUCAACAGGCACUUUUUGUAACAUACGACACUGAAAAAUGAAAUAAAGGAAAAAAUUCUUAAUCUUAAGGCUGAAAGUUGACAGUUCAACUGAUGUAGGAGAAAUAAAAGGUAAAAUUUAGUAACCAUUCCAUCAUGUUUUUUUUUUUCAAAUCUUUGCAAACUAGGAAUAGAAAAUGUGUAGAUGCUGAAUAAGGAGGGGGAUAAAACAUUCCCCUUAACCAAAAACAAUAGAAGAUGCCUCUACGUGCUCCAUAAAAUAAAGUAAGUUUUAAUAUUCUAAAGAAGAAAGCAAAUGUCUGUAGUUGCAGAGUAUGCAACUUUCUACUUAAAAUUUCCGACAGCAGCUACUAACAACCUGCGAGCUAAGCGACUCUCCGCCCCGGUGCCCCGCCUCCACCGGCGGGCUGGCGCCUUUGCACGUACGCAUGCGCACUUCUGGCGCUUGCGCGUGAGGAGGAAGCGAGAAUAUGGCGGCCCGGCCCCGAGCUUCCCCACGCCGGAGUACGGGCAUGUGGGUCGUGGCGUCUUCAGCGACGUGUACGAGCCCGCGGAGGACACGUUUCUGCUGCUGGACGCUCUUGAGGCGGCGGGGCCGAAUUCUCAGGGCGUGGAAAUAUGCCUUGAAGUAGGGUCAGGGUCUGGAGUGGUAUCUGCGUUCCUAGCCUCUGUGAUAGGUCCUCAGGCUUUGUACAUGUGCACUGAUGUCAACCCUGAGGCAGCAGCCUGUACCCUGGAAACAGCACGCUGUAACAAAGUCCACAUUCAACCAAUAAUUACAGAUUUGGUAGGGAGUCACGGGAUAGAAGCAGCUUGGGCUGGUGGCAGAAAUGGUCGUGAAGUAAUGGACAGAUUCUUUCCACUGGCUCCGGAGCUCCUUUCACCAAGAGGAUUAUUCUAUUUAGUUACCAUUAAAGAAAACAAUCCAGAAGAAAUUUUGAAAACAAUGAAGACAAAAGGUCUCCAAGGAACCACUGUACUUUCCAGGCAAGCAGGCCAAGAAAUGCUUUCAGUCCUCAAGUUCACUAAGUCCUCAUCUACAGUGUGCGCCACGUAAAGCUGAAUGCAUUCAGCAUAUUUUGAAACUGAAGUUAUUUCUUGGUUAACAAGUAAAAUUGUCAGAAAUUUGUCAUAUAGAAAAAGAAGAGUAGGGCAUUUCCUUUUACCAUGGAAUCAGGUCUACAGAAAUAUUUGCACAAAUGCAGGUAAAAAAUUUAUAUUUUAUAUAUAUAUAUUAUAUAUACAUAUAUAUUUAUAUAUACAUAUGCAGUUUACAUAUAUAUAUAUGUGGAGUAUGUAUUAUAAAAGUUGUAUUUAUAUUAUAUAUGAGAGGAUGUUCAUUUCAGCAUUAGUUGUAAUAGGAAAACAGUGAGGUAACCUAAAUGUCCAUCAGCAAAGGGGUUGGCAAAAUAAAUCACAGUAUAUUCAUGUUAUUGAACAUGAGUGAAUAUCUAGCCAUUAUACAUGUCAGAGGGGGUCCCUUGUGAUGCAGCAGAUUAAGGAUCCAGCACUGUCACUGGAGCAGCUCAAGUUGCUGCUGUGGCAUGGGUUUGAUCCCUGGCCCAGGAACUUCCACAUGCCCCAGGGGCAGCCAAAAGAUUAAAGGAAAAAAAAAAAAACAACCAUGAGUGAGGUCUGUUUAUGCUGAACCAGAAGGGCCUCAGGAUGUACUAUUGAGUUGUGAAAAAAAUGCACAUUGCAAAAUAUUAUUAAGCUAUAUGUAUAUUUUGAAAAAUUAACAAAGAGUCUAUGUGUGUAUGUAUAUAUAAGACAUUCUUAGAAGCUAAACAACAAUUGGGAAUAGAGGAACUUUGAUUCUUUUUGUAUAAUGACGAUGUAUCGCUUAUAUAAGUAAAAAGUUUUUAUUUAAAAAAAUUUCAACUUUA